CAUUCAGCUUUCAGCCAUUGACAGUUUGCUCAUCCAUUUUUUAAUAUCAAGAAUGACUGGGAGAAAGCACUCGUGCACCUAAAUACUACCAAUACCAAUGACUGGGAGAAAAGUUUUUGUUAAUUUCAUUUCUUUGAAAUCUCCUUUUCAAGUUAAAUGUGAAUUACUUCCUGAAUCUGAACGACGUUCAGAUUUUAUUGUGUUAAGAGAACUACUAUUUAAGGCGAUGAUGUUGGACAAGUCAAUUUUGGUAUUAGGAGGUAGAGAAGCGUCAAACGUAGAAGACAUUCUAAUUUUGCAAUACGAUGAGGAUUUUGGAGACAUCAUAGACGUUAAUCAUGACGUUGUGUUUUAUCACAAACAAAAAGAUGUAGUUGUGGAGCUUAGAAAGAACUGCCCAAAUGAAGAAAUGUCAACCAUUACAUCUUUCUCGUUCAAUGGUAGAGAAGAAAAUGACGUUGCAAGUGGAUUCCCUGAACCAGGCAUUAUUGAAAAUUUGGGUAAAUCUGAACAUUCUCCAUCAUCGAAGAAAAAAUUCUUCUGUGAUAAGUUGAACAAAGGAAAAGAUGCUUCAAGUGAAUUGCAUGAUGUAACAGACAAUCAUAAAUCUGAUUGCGAGUCUUCUUCAUCAGCAAAAAUGCAAUGCUCUGCAAACACUUUGAAUUUGGAAAAUGAUGUGAGUGAUUCGAGGGAAUUGCUUUCAUAUGCUGUCAUAGAUGGAGUGAAACACACAGCAGUGUUAGUAAAGUUUGAUGAAACUGAUGUUGAUGCUGUGAAGAUCAAUGUGCUCACACACAACGAACUUUUUGAUGUGUUUCAUACACAGUCAGAUGGAAACUAUGCUGCCUGCAGCAGCGACAGCGAAUAUGAGAGCACUGAUUGUAUUUCUGGCACUGAUCACGGUGAUGCUCAGAGUCUUAAUAAAUCUCCCAGACAAAAACGCAAACGUUUUAAAACGAAGAGAGCAACGUUAGCUAAGCCACCAGCAAUUUCAACUAGCAACAUCGUCAACAAAUCUACUAAGGAAUCAAACAUCGGAGAAAUUGUAUCUCAUCAAACAUCAGUUGGCUUGACAUCAGUAGCUGGAACAGCAGCUAACAACCCUCCUGCACGUUCACUGGUUAAAAUGUCUAAAAACAUUCCAUCAGAAGAAGUGAUACUUAGUCUGCCAAACGAAGGCAAAGAGGAUUUUGAAAUCUAUCCUAUUCUCGCUACAGCAAUUCAGAAAAAUGUCCUUACUCUUCACCGUAACCGAUUUCUUUUGGUUUGUGCAAAACAAUUGCUUAACAUCAACAAAGGAUCAAUGAUAAGUAAAGGCAUGUACAAAAGGUAUGCCAAAAUGGUCGUGGAAAAGUAUCCUUGUCUGAAAGAUAUUGAUUUUGAAGAAGAAUUCCUGUCGGUGAAAAUGAAAAUUAUAAAAGCCGUAAACAAUCAAAGGGGAAACGUGAAAACGAAAGAAAGUAGGAAGUUGAAAGUUAAUGAUGCCCACGAACCUAAUCAAUCGCAGAACCUGGAAUUUCCUGUAAAUGUUCAAGAAUCACAAUUGGAUAUCGCUGCUUCGGAUAUCGAGAAAAGUUUCAAGGAAAGGCGUCUCUACGUUAAAACAAAUUACACCCUAAGAACGGAUCAAAUACUGGCAGCAAUUCCUUUUUACUUGGAUUUUCCGAAGGUUUAUGCAGAUUUCCUGAAAAUGACUGAAAUUAACGAAUCUCUUUUUAAAGUUAAUUUUGAUGAGCUGAUUGUUAACCUAAAGCGCUAUUACCUUGCAGAACAUAAUAAUCAGAGUGCAGCAUCUACAGCAGUUUUCUUUGAAGGAGAAAAGGGAACGAUUGGAUUGUUGAUGGCCAUCAACCGUUUGUGUUCUACAAAAAAGGGAACCAGUUCUUCAGCAGAACUCUUUGAAAUAGCACAAGUAAACAUGCGUGUUGAACCAUCAUAUAAAGGCAUCAAUGCGAGGGCCUUGUUAUUCUUCGAUGACCACGACUAUUUACAGUCGAUGCUUAUUAUUUGUGGAACUGCCAGGAACUUCAAGAACAUCCCAGUUACAAAGAGUUGGCAAGCUGUCUUUAAAUUACUCAGCGUAUACUACGUCUUUGAUGGGAACUAUCCUGCCCUUUAUGGUGUGUUGUCUGUCAUUGAGCGCCGCUGUAUUUCUCAGCUACUAAACACCUCUAUCACUGUUGACCCGAAAGACAGUUCAUCUCUUAAAGUUUUCAUUCGUAAGUUUAAUGCUUUCAUGAAAAACUCUUAAAUUUUCUAUUCACUGGAAUACUGUAUCUAUAAAUACGUGACGUAGAUAUAGUUUUGAUGUUUUAGUGGCAUAUCUACAACGUUGGUAAUUUCAUCUGAAAAUUUGUGUCUUGUUUGAUGUGUAUUGAUGCUGAAAUGAUACCACCUUUUGAAAUACAGAAU